AUGAGUGAAGAUAAUAGACUUAGUUUUUCUUGGAUUAUUAUAUUCUCAUAUAUAUUUAUCAUAUUUUUAGAGCUACUAUAUUUAUUUUUCAAAAUCGGAGUAACAAUUUCAGCAAAGAUUAAAAAAAUAUUAACUUAGAGACAAAGAUCAAAAGUUAUUCCUUCUACCAGCUUAAAAGAUAUAUCCUUAACCCAAAAAAGACUUGCGUAAUCAAUUGCACUUGAAUCUAAAAUGGCUAAGUAAGUGAGUGAUUUAAAUUUAAAAAAUAUUAUUUCUUAAGAAGCUUUGAAUAAAGUGGCUGAUGGAAAUACUGUCUUUAGUACUCCUUUAACUACCCAAAGAAAGAAAAGAAAUUUUAGUAUAGAUAAACUAACAGAAUAUCCUUCUCCAUCAAUAUAAAACGCUUCCUAGAUACCUAUUGAAGUUGCAUCAAACCAAAAUCUAUAAUCCAAAAGCAAAAGAACUAGAAACUAUAAAUAAUAAAUUCUAUUUAAUCUAUCGAAUUUUAAAAUAUAAAUUAAUGAUAAUUGA